AGCAGGCCAGUGCCGCUCCACACAACCAGUAAGAGGCCACGCGUGGACCCUGUCCUCACUGAUUGCUCAGCUACCAAAAUGUCUGACAGGGGCUCCGUCUCGGCUUCACUAUCUCCCCUCAGAAACGCCAGUCUGAGCUCCUCCUCAGGUCUUGGACCAAAGGAACGACAGACAGGGGCUGCGGCCGACAUCCCUCAGCCUGCAGUCAGGCACCGGGGUCCGGGGCCUCUCCUCGUGGGGAAGCCGACAGACAGCAGCCAGGAGGGUGGCUGCCGAGAAGUUCCCCAGGGUGCCUCCAAAACCCACGGCCUGCUCCAGGUCACCAGCCCCCAGGCACAAGACAAAUGUCCCGCGCUGACCUCACAGCCCUGCCCACCAGCCGCCACGCACAGCUUGGGCCUAGGCUCCAAUCUCAGCUUCAGGCCAGGAGCCAAGAGGCCUGUCCAGGCUCCGAUUCAGGCUUGCCUGAACUUCCCCAAGAUACCGAGACUGGGUCCCUUCCAGAUCCCCGAAAACGCCAUCCAGGGAGGUGAGCUGGGGGCCCCGGAGACUCUCCAACCUGCGCCAGCCGUAACCGACCUUGGACCAAGUACGUCGCCCCAGAUGGGCAGGAGGACACCCGCCCAGGUGCCCAGCAUCGACCGGCAGCCUCCGCACAGCAGACCUUGCCUGCCUACUGCCCAGGCCUGCACCAUGUCCCAUCACCCAGCGGCCAGCCAUGAUGGGACCCGGCCUCUCAGAGUGCUCUUCCGGAGACUGGAAAACGGAUGGUGGAGCUCCAGCCUCCUGACAGCUCCCUCAUUUCACUCUCCUGAGAAGCCGGGAGCCUUCCUCGCUCAGAGCCCUCAUGUCUCAGAGAAGUCUGAGGGUCCCUGUGUUCGUUUCCCCACGAGUGUCCUCUAUGAGGACCUUCAGGUUUCCUCCUCCUCAGAGGACAGCGAUUCUGACCUGGAGUGAGACUGCAGGUGGCAGGGGCUCCUUGGCCUCCAGCUCCCGUGACUGGGAGGGGACUGUAGGACCCAGGAGCGCAGAGAGGCGAGCGAACUCUGUGCGGUGACUCCGAA